UCAUUUUAAUGCAAUGUACUUAUAAUGUAGCUGCAGACAGUAUCAAACAAAAUCUGAGAUUGAGAUCUUUCUUCGUAUUUCAAAACGAAUCCGAGCUGUAAGUGAUAUUCUGACGAUGCGGGCUUCUCUCAACACUUGUUUACAAACGGAUUCUCAAUUAAAUGAAGGAGUUGAGAAUGAUGUCCAUGGCCAAAAAAAAGUACAACUUCCGAAAAAAUCGAUCUAUAUCUUGGACACAGUGAGCACAGCACGUAGAUGAACAGAUAGAGCCCCUGGUUGACGGCCCCUACAUUAUAUCGCUAUUCCGUAGCGUUUUUGCAGCUGCAGUAGCGGAGUCUAUGUGCUCUCCUCUCCCCGGCGUGAUAAACCCAGAGUCGCGAUAAAAACUUAUGCCCAAUCUGAAUUUAUAAUCACCCUUCAGCAUAUUGAGAGGCUUCAAGAUGCUCCACCAAUGCGCUUCGACCUCAUAGAAGUUAUUUUUAGUCAAAGAUAAGGAAACGGUGGAGGGGCUUUCUUUGUGAAGUUUUGUUGAAGUUUGCUGACGGGAAAAAAGAUCACCAUGGCAACAAAUAAGUCUGGGAGAAUUGCACUCAUCUUCACCGCCUUUUUCCUGUUUGCAGCAAUGACAGCGCUCUCCAUACUGAACAAAUAUUUUGGGAAAGAGCUAGGAAUAUUCAACAGAUCCACCGGCGAUGUAUCCCGGAUGUUUCCACUAAUGAUAAAUCCACCCUGGCCCAUCUUCUUCAUCUGGUACAUUGUUUUUGCGCUUGAACUGGUUCUCAUUCUGUACGGUAUCACGACAAUCUGCCGUAAAACAAAAGGCGGUAGAAGUAUCUAUCUUCUCUCCCUCACUCCCCCGCGGGUCUACGGUCUUCUGGUGGCCAAUAAUUUGGCGGUGGUGCUAUGGCUAUAUCUGUGGAACUGGGGGUACACGGUGGCAUCCUUUAUCAUCGUAUUCUCACUUCCGGUCACGAUGUACAUCAGCUUCUACACGUCGCUAAAACAACUCUUCAACAACUUUGCGGUGCUCAUUCAAGAGGAGACCCAGAGUGAAAUAUGGGUCGUAAGAUUCCUGGUUCAGAAUGGACUGGGAUUUAUCUCCGCCUGGCAGACAGUUGUGAUGUUCUUGAAUCUCGGCGUUGUGCUGAGGUACGAGGUAGGGGUGCCCGAUGAGAUCCUUUUCCUUGCCCUGCUCGGAGCAAUGGCGCUACUGGAGCUGGCUUGGUUCUGGUUGGACGUGUUUGUGAUCGACCGUUACACAAGGUACAUUCUGCUCCCCUACAUCCCCUGGCUAGCGACUUGCUGCGGACUAAUCUGGAAAUGGCAAACUCUCUUCUACGACUGGGGAAGGGACACCAUCACUCUAUUCUGUUGCAGCGUGCUCGCACUUCUCUGCUUAACAGUAAAGAUUAUAUUUCUCGUUUACCGACAUAAUAAAACCAACAUGCAGAAGAACGUAGACAAAGGAAUAGAAGACAAGAGUGAAAAGUCCAAGGAAGAACAGAAAGCCGACUCAAAGAAUAAAACAUGUGUCACGUUUGCCGUAGAGAACGAACAGAUAAACACCGCAGCGGAAAACCAGAAAGAGGCACCAAAGGAGGACAAAACCAUAGCUGUGUGCCCCGUGGUACCGGCAAGCGAGGUCCAGUACAACAGGAUCGAAAUGGAGACCAAUGAAACCACCAACUGCAACACAGUCAUCGUCCACAGUGACGCGAUAGAAUCUAAUGCAAUGGAAUCCAUUCAGAGAGAUUCAGCAACCGCGCAACAGGAGAUGGUAACCGAAGAAAAAGUUACUGAAGAGAUUGACGUCAAAACAGAUAAAGAAGAUGGCGAUAAUGUUAUACUCACCGAGACAGCACACGAAAAGUCAGAAUCUAAAACUGAGAAAGACGAAGAGGAAAUUCCGCCACCCCCUGUAGAGGCGGAGGAAGUAAACGCUGAACCAAAACAAGAAAGCGAACAAUUAGAUAAAGAAGAGGAAGUUCCGCCUCCCGCUUAUGACGUGCCAGUCCAAGACACCAUUACGGAACAAGAGGUACCGGAACUAGAGGAACCGGAACAGGCUUCUUCAAGCCUAACAGAGGAAGCGUUGGAGGAAACCAAUAAUGUGUGUCAAAACGACAAUUUAAUUGAUUUUAAUGAUCAAGAAAACUCUGUUCCGGACCAGACUAAAAACGUGACCGAGCAGCUAUCAACAGACGCAACUGUUACAGAGCAAAUACCGACAGAGAACGAAGACGACUGUAGGCCGCCUGACAAUGACUCUGUUAACUCAACAACUGUGCAGAUAGACGACCCGAUGGAGGACUUCGAGGUCGAGAAUGAAAGGAACGAGAACGAGGAGCUGGAGCUGGUACAGACCCCACCCCCGCUCCUGGAGGACGACGACUACGAGGGGACGUACAUCGUGAGGGAGCCGGGCCUUGACGACGGAUACCGCUACGAUCCAUCGGAACCGGAAGAUUUCCCGCAGGUGCCCGAUACGGACGAUCCGUUACCCUCCCCUCCUACGUCACCGGCGUCAGACCCACUUCCGAGUCCCCCCACUGUUCCUGUUUCUGACGGUGAGGAGUAUGACGACUCGGACGAAGACGAGGCCCCGCCCGUACCCCCACAGGAUUAUAACAUGCCCGGUAAACCAUAUCAGAUCCCUGCGGAAUCUAUAGAGUCCCAACCUAUAACCAGCAAUGGUUACUCCGAACAGCGGCGCCCCGUGAGCUUUGGGACGGUGGACACUGCCGUCUGAGUGUGGUAAAACUCCUUGUAAAUAUAAACACAGGUCUAUACAGACCAAGGGAAUAAACACGUGAGCUGCCAUGACAGUGACGAUUACAGGUGUACCAGUUUUGUGUAAUUUAGACUGAGAGCUAAGUGCUACUUACUGUAGAAUACUCAUGACUAUUUCUACUGAUUUUGUACAGAUUGUAUAUAUGGGACCAUAGUCUUCAAAUCUUCAUAUUUAGUCACCUUUUUAACAAAGUCAUUAGUCAUUUAGACAUAGGACUAACAAAGCAGUGACAGGUGAUCAGUCGUUCAUUUAAGCAUUUAUAUAAGAAAAUUAUAUAUACACAAGAAGAACAGUAAAAAUCUAUAAACUAGUACAUGUAAUCAUAUUACAGGUAUAAUUGAAAACUACCACCUCAAGAAUUCCGAUUUCCCAAUAAGUCUGCGGAUAAUUUGUACCAUUUUGAAUAUAUCAUGUUUUUAUUUAUAAUU